UUGAGAGGGAAGAUAAUAGAGAAGAGAAUGAAAGCAGGAUGGCCAAGGCCAACCUUUCGAGCCUUCUACACGAACUACGAGAACGCAUUGCAGCUUCGUCAUCCUCGCCUAGCCCCGGUAAGGCUGACGACGAUGCUUUGGAGAUCAGGUUCCGCGCUGUGCUUCCCAAUCUUCUUCAUGCUUGUGUCUUCCCUUGUUCCUCUGCAAAUGAGAGAGAAGUGAUUGCAGUGGUGAAGCUUAUAUCUCGUAUUGCAAGAAAUUUUCCUGGAGUCUUUUACCAUGGCAAGGCUAGUGCCUUAGUACCAAUCAUUGGUCAGAUAUUACCUUUCUUUGCAGAGCCCGCAUUUGGAUCUCGUCAUGGGGUAAUCUUUGAAACUCUUGGGUCACUUUUAUCUUUGCUUCGCACUGGAGCACGAGAUGCAUAUAGACAAUUUUGUGCUGAUGCCAUGUUAGUCGUUGAAGAUAUUAUACACCUGGUCUCUCUCUGUCUUCAUGAUGCUAGCAGCACACAAUCCACUAGGCUAAGGUUGAAGUGCUUUUGUGAGUCCUUUAAAGGAAUUGUCAGUGAUCCUGCUAUUAUUGGAGAUCUCCCAGCAAGUAACAAACCUGUCGAUGGAUGUGGUUUAUUAAUUGACCUGAGCAACAAAAGGAGAUGGCAGCCUUUUGCGACUUGGAUUUUAAAGCUUCUCAGCAAAUGUCUAACAGAAGGGACACUGUAUGUUGAGGGCUUGGUCAACACAGCAUUUGUCUCUGCUGCAUGUUCUCUUUUAUGCUACGGGGAUGCUGCUCUGCAUAUGGCAUGUUUUGACUUUGUGGGCAUCAUUGUAACGGUGACGAACUAUCAUAUUGUACCCUAUCAGAAUUUUAUCCAGUCCAUAAUUACUAUCUUGAGUGUGGACAAAGAGGGGCUUCCUGUAUUCAGAAACAUGGCUUAUGAUUCAUCCAUGGGUAUUUGCCUCAAUUCACUCUACUCCAGUUGCUCAGAAGAUGUUGUUAAAUCAACAGCUGCUGAUUUAGUCAAUGUGUUCCUGCAAUCGGUGCGGAGAACGGAAAGCAAGGAACUCAAGGUUGCGCUAUGCACAGCAUAUGUGAGGAUUGUUAAAGUUUGCCCUCCUCAUACCUGGCAGCCAGAAUCUCUCGUAUCUGCACUUUAUCAUCCAGAACCAUUCUUGCCUUUAAUAGAGUGCUUUCAAGCAGCUUUAUCUAAUCUUGGUCCACAUCUUGUGGGAAUGCAAGUUUACAAUAAGACCUUAACCAUAUCAGCACAUGAAGAUAACCUCAGACUUGGAGAAAAGAGGCCCUUUCAGGAGGCGGGCCAAUUAAAGAUCAAACGACAAAAAUUAAAUGAAGACGUUGUUGCUGAUGCGAAUGUCGAGGUGCAAUGCAAAUAUGUUCAUAUGGUUACUUUAGCAAAGGGAGAAGAUUAUGCUCACAAUAUGAAUAAGUCUCUUCUGUCAUUUGUUCAAAAUUUAAAUGCUCCUGCUACCGAACCUUCUCCCCUGAGACCAGAUAUAGCAUUAUCAGCACUUAGCAUGCUUUGCAUUGUCUUCUCUAUGUAUCCAGAUACCCAUUUGUCACUUAUUGUCUUCCGGCAGAUGCUUUCAUGGCUUCCUUGGAUAGUUGAGCAGGCAAAACAUGAGAAAUCGAUUAGCGUUAAUAUCUCCAUUUACCUGGAAGGAAUUCACAGCAUAUUGCUUUCACAAAGUGCCUCUUUCGGAGAGAACAAAUUAUUACAUGGCAAUCAUGAUGCAGACCUUUGGCAUGUAGUGCUGAAACUUCCCUGGACUCAUAGGCUUCCGGCUGUUGAUCAUCAUUGUCCAUGGAAAACAAAAUGUCUAUCUCUUCAAGUUGCAUCUAAGCUAGGUUCAAGUUUGAACAAUGAGGUUGUUCUAGAAGUUCUAGAUUUGGGUCUUUUUGAUGAAGCUGAAGAAGUAAGAAUUGAAGCUGUCAUUUCUAUGCCAGUGAUGGUUUUGUGGUUUGGUCAUGAUUUGUUACCUCCAGUCUUUCAAAGGAUGGAGUCUUUAAAGAGAAACAAUGCAAGAGUCAAAACAAUUGUUGCUAAAUCUCUUGGUCUUUUGUCAUGCCUUUACGGAUGUAGUAGAUCUGUAUCUGGUUACACAAAUGAGUGCAAAUUAUAUCUCAAUGCAAAAAUUGAAAAAACAUGUUCGACAGUUGAUUGUUUGCUGCAAGGUCUCAGGUGUUCGAAAUGUGAUAGAAAAGUAAUUUCCAACUGCAGUGAGCAUCAUCCUGCUAUAGCUUUUCGGUUGGAUAUCCAUGAAGAUGUCAGUUCUGAUUAUAAUUUUAUUCAACUACAGUCGUUAUUUUUUGAACUCCUUUUUGAUGGGUCCUCUGAAGAUGUCCAAGUUUCCUGUGUGGCAGUUAUUAAUCGUAUUCUUGCACAUGGAGAUCCUGAUGUUUUGCUGAGAACGAGGUCUGAAUGGAUAAAAUGUGUGGAUUUUUUACUUGUUAACAAGAGCAAGGACUUGAGAGAAGCAUUUUGCAGUCAAAUCAGUUCCUUUGCAGAGGACCGUAUUUUGAGUUUAAUUUUUCCAGAGGACACUGAAAAAGGUAAGGGAAAAGGAUUCCUGGAUAUAAUUAAACAUGCUGUGGCAGCAGCUGAAAGUCCCCUGAUAUUAGAGGCUAUUUUGGAAUGUACAUCAGAGAUCAUGGCUGCUGUUGGUAUAGAUAACCCACUUUUCUUGUGUUCCCUUAUACUAUUGGUUGAUCAGCUUGAUAAUUCACGUGUGACUAUAAGAAUGAAUGCCUCAAGGUUAAUACAUAAAUCCUGUUUUCUGCAUCUUAAAGGAGGACUUGAGGUAAUUCUUUCCAAAGAUGUUCUUAUUCGAACCCAACUCUUUAAUUAUCUCUCUGAGAGACUUGCCAGCCGCCCCCACUUAGUGAGGGAGUUUGCUGAAACUGUUUUUGGUGUUGAAACUGAAGAAUUUGUCAAGAAAAUGAUUCCUUUUGUUCUCCCUCAGCUUGUGGUGUCUCAACAGGAUAAUAGUCAAGCACUUCUUACCUUAUAUGAGUUGGCCAAGUGCUUGAACACUGAUAUGGUGCCUCUAAUAGUUAACUGGUUGCCAAAAGUCCUUGCUUUUGCUCUUCAUCAAGAAGAUGACCGGCAGUUACUUGCUGCUGUGCAGUUUUACCAUGCACAGACUGGUUCUGACAAGCAGGAAAUAUUUGCAGCUGCAUUACCUGCACUUUUGGAUGAACUUGUAUGCUUUGUCGAUGUUGAUGAUGCAGAUGAGAUAAGCAGAAGGUUAGCAAGAGUGCCUCAGCUAAUCAAAGACAUUGCUAAAGUUUUGACGGGUGGGGAAGAUCUUCCAGGAUUUUUGAGGAGUCACUUUGUUGGCCUUCUUAAUAGUAUAGAUAGAAAAAUGCUUCAUGCUGAUGAUUUUGUGCUUCAGAGGCAAGCCCUGACACGUAUUGAGAUGUUGAUUAAAAUGAUGGGUUCCCAUCUUAAUACUUACGUGCCUAAACUGAUGGUUCUCCUUAUGCAUGCCAUAGACAAAGAAUCACUUCAAGGGGAGGGUCUAUCUGUCUUGCAUUUUUUCAUUGAACAGUUGGCCAAAGUUUUGCCAUCUAGCAUUAAGCAUAUAAUUUCUCAAAUUCUGGCUUCUCUUCUUCCUUUCCUGGAAAGAGACAGAGAAAAUCCUUCAAUACAUAUUGACAGAGUGGUAAAAAUUUUAGAGGAACUUGUAUUGAAGAACAGUGUCAUUCUGAAUCAGCAUAUACGUGAGUUUCCUCCGUUGCCUAGCAUCCCGGCUCUGGCAGAAGUUAAUAGAGCAAUUGAAAAAGCUCGUGGAUCAAUGACCUUGAAGGAUCAAUUGCGAGAUAUAGUUGAUGGUUUAAAUCAUGAGAACUUGAAUGUGAGGUAUAUGGUAGUGUGUGAACUGCGUAAGCUUCUGAACCUAAGAUGGAAGGAUGUUACAACUCUGAUCAUUGCUGAAACUAGUUCUGAUUUGGAUGUCUUGAGUUCUUUGAUCACAUCUUUACUUAGAGGGUGUGCAGAAGAAUCAAGAACGGCAGUUGGACAGAGAUUAAAGUUGGUCUGUGCUGAUUGUCUUGGAGCCCUUGGUGCUGUUGACCCUGCUAAAGUAAAGGGAUUUUCAUGUCAGCGUUUCAAAAUUCAAUGCUCUGAUGAUGACCUCAUAUUUGAGCUGAUCCACAAACACCUAGCUCGAGCAUUUAGAUCAGCACCAGAUACUGUUAUUCAAGACUCAGCUGCAUUGGCCAUACAGGAGCUUCUAAAAAUUGCUGGUUGUGGAGCAUCACUUGAUGUAAAUGCAUCAACUUCCACAUCACAGGCACAAAAGGAUAAAGAAACUUUGGUAGCUGUUGCAUCUGAGUUUGAGUGUACUGAUGGUAUGAGUCGGAUGAAUAAUAGGGGCCAGAGAUUAUGGGAUCGAUUCUCUAAUUAUGUGAAAGAAAUAAUAGCCCCAUGCCUAACAUCUAGAUUUCAGCUUCCUAGUGUGGGUGACUCAACAUCUGUUGGUCCUAUUUACCGCCCAUCUAUGUCAUUUAGAAGAUGGAUAUUUUUUUGGAUAAGAAAACUAACUGUGCAUGCCACUGGAUCCCGUGCAUGCAUUUUCAAUGCUUGCCGAGGUAUUGUGCGUCACGAUAUGCAAACAGCAAUAUAUUUACUUCCCUACUUAGUUCUUCAUGCUGUCUGUCAUGGCACUCAGGAGGCACGUUGCAGCAUAACAGAAGAAAUCCUUUCUGUUCUUGAUGCAGCUGCAUCAGAAAACAGUGGUGCUUCAGUUCAUGGGUUUAGUGGUGGGCAAAGUGAAGUUUGUAUUCAAGCUGUGUUUACUCUUCUUGAUAAUCUUGGACAGUGGGUGGAUGAUGUUGAACAAGAAGUUGCUCUUUCCCAGUCAUCUCAUUCAUCAGCUAAGCAACAAAAAUCAAAGGAUCAAAGUUCAAUUUCUUUGGCUGUUCAGGAACAACUCCUUGUUCAGUGUAAGUAUGUUUCAGAGCUUUUAUCUGCAGUUCCAAAGGUGACCCUUGCUAGAGCUUCCUUUAGGUGUCAGGCUUAUGCAAGGUCUUUGAUGUACUUUGAAUCUCAUGUGAGGGAAAAGUCAGGUGCUUUCAACCCUGCCGCUGAGAGGAGUGGCACCUUUGAGGAUAAAGAUGUUUCCCAUCUUAUGGAAAUAUACAGUUGUUUGGACGAGCCAGAUGGACUAUCUGGCUUGGCAUGUUUAUGCAAUUCUUUGAGGUUGCAGGAUCAGCUACUAAUAAAUAAGAAAUCUGGGAACUGGGCUGAUGUUUUGACUUCCUGCGAGCAGGCUUUGCAAAUGGAGCCUAACUCAAUUCAGAGACAUUCAGAUGUUCUUAACUGCUUGUUAAACAUGUGCCACCUUCAGGCAAUGGUCACUCAUGUUGAUGGUCUAAUUUCUAGGAUUCCUCACUACAAGAAAGCAUGGUGCAUGCAAGGUUUGCAGGCAGCCUGGAGGCUUGGCAGGUGGGAAUUGAUGGAUGAGUACCUCAGUGGAGCUGAAGAAGAAGGUUUACUUUGUAGCUGCUCUGAAAGUAAUGCUUCAUUUGACUUGGACGUUGCAAAGAUUCUCCAGGCAAUGAUGAAGAAGGACCACUUCUCAGUUGCAGAGAAACUUGCUUUAUCUAAGCAUUCACUAAUUGCCCCCUUAGCUGCUGCAGGCAUGGAUUCAUACAUGCGAGCUUACCCAUUUGUUGUAAAACUUCACUUGCUACGGGAACUGGAAGACUUCCAUUCUCUUUUGAGCGGUAGCUCUUUCUUAGAGAAAUAUUUUCAUUUGGAUGAUAUAGAUUUCUCUAAAAUGAUGGAUAAUUGGGAAAGUCGACUUAGAUUUACACAGCCAUCACUUUGGGCCAGGGAGCCACUUUUGGCUUUCAGGAGACUGGUUUUUGGCGCCAGUGGUCUUGGAGCUCAAGUUGGGAAUUGCUGGCUUCAGUAUGCAAAACUAUGUCGCAUGGAUGGUCAUUAUGAAACAGCUAACAGGGCAAUUUUAGAAGCCCAGGUCUCGGGUUCACCUAAUGUCACCAGGGAGAAAGCUAAACUUCUCUGGAGCACCCGUCGGUCUGAUGGAGCCAUUGCAGAGUUGCAACAAUCUCUGUUGAACAUGCCUGUUGAAAUUUUAGGCUCUGCUGCAAUAUCAUCUAUUUCGAGCCUUUCCUUAGUACCACUUAAUCCUCCACAUCUUAUUUGUGACAGUCAAGCUAUGAAUGAGAGCAAAGAUAUAGCCAAGACCCUUCUUCUCUACUCAAGGUGGACUCAUUACACUGGGCAGAAGCAGAAGGAAGAUGUAAUAAGUCUUUACACGAGGGUAAGGGAACUGCAGCCCAAGUGGGAGAAAGGGUACUUCUAUAUGGCUAAAUAUUGCGAUGAGGUGCUUGCUGAUGCUAGGAAACGCCAGGAGGAGAACUUUGAACUUGGUCCUAGACAUGUUUCUGCAGCUUCAGUUGUUGGCUGUUCAAAUUCAAAUGUUGAGAAGCGUUGGUGGUCCUAUGUGCCUGACGUGCUGCUAUUCUAUGCAAAAGGGCUUCACAGGGGACACAAAAAUCUAUUUCAGGCACUUCCAAGGUUAUUAACCUUGUGGUUUGACUUUGGGAGCAUGUAUCAAAGAAGCGGUUCAUCUAACAAGGACCUGAAGAAUGUACAAGGGAAGGUAAUGAGUAUUAUGAGAGGCUGUUUGAAGGAUUUACCAACAUAUCAGUGGUUGACGGUGCUGCCUCAAUUGGUAUCAAGAAUAUGCCACCAGAAUGAAGAAAUUGUUCGACUAGUCAAGCUUAUCAUUACCUCAGUUCUCCGCCAGUACCCCCAUCAGGGGCUAUGGAUUAUGGCAGCAGUUUCGAAGUCAACUGUUCCUUCGAGGAGGGAAGCAGCAGCAGAAAUAAUACUAGCUGCACGUAAAGGUUUCAGCCCAGGAAGCAAUGAGAGCAAUUUGUUCGUUCAAUUUGCUAGCCUCAUAGACCAUCUGAUCAAGUUGUGUUUCCAUGCUGGCCAGCCCAGAGCGAGGACAAUUAAUAUUUCCACUGAGUUUAGUGCUCUUAAGAGAAUGAUGCCCCUGGGAAUUAUCAUGCCCAUUCAACAAUCUCUGACUGUUAAUCUGCCUGUAUAUGAUGGAAACCUGAGCGAUUCACUGACGUAUACUAUCUUUUCCCACACAGAUCUUCCUACUAUAUCAGGCAUUGCUGAUGAGGCUGAGAUUCUCUCUUCUCUUCAGCGACCUAAAAAAAUAAUUCUACUAGGCAGUGAUGGUCUUGAACAUCCAUUUCUUUGCAAACCCAAAGAUGAUCUCCGCAAAGAUGCUCGCAUGAUGGAAUUUACUGCAAUGAUCAACCGGUUGCUAUCCAAAUAUCCUGAAAGCCGCCGAAGGAAGCUUUAUAUUCGUACAUUUGCUGUGAUUCCUCUGACAGAGGACUGUGGUAUGGUAGAGUGGGUGCCUCACACUCGUGGACUUCGACAAAUUCUUCAAGACAUAUACAUUACUUGUGGAAAGUUUGAUAGGCUGAAAACUAAUCCUCAAAUCAAACGAAUUUAUGAUCAAUCCCAAGGUAAAAUGCCAGAAGAUGAGAUGCUGAAGAACAAAAUUCUGCCAAUGUUUCCUCCUGUUUUCCACAGAUGGUUCUUGACCACAUUUUCUGAGCCUGCAGCAUGGUUCAGGGCCCGUGUUGCUUAUGCUCACACUACUGCAGUUUGGUCCAUGGUUGGACACAUCGUGGGACUGGGUGAUCGGCAUGGUGAAAAUAUUCUUUUUGAUUCAACCAAUGGUGACUGUGUUCAUGUUGAUUUCAGUUGCUUAUUUGACAAAGGAUUGCAGUUGGAGAAGCCUGAGCUUGUGCCCUUUAGGCUAACCCAGAACAUGAUUGAUGGGUUAGGCAUUACUGGAUAUGAGGGUACCUUUUUGAGGGUUUGUGAAAUUACCCUCUCUGUACUGAGGACACACAGGGAGACUCUUAUGAGCGUGCUUGAAACUUUCAUCCAUGAUCCUCUUGUGGAAUGGACGAAGUCUCAUAAAUCAAGUGGAGUAGAAGUUCAGAAUCCACACGCACAGCGUGCCAUCUGUAAUAUUGAGGCAAGGUUACAAGGAGUAGUAGUUGGUGUUGGGGCUGCCCCAUCAUUACCUCUUGCAGUAGAAGGUCAAGCUCGUAGGCUAAUUGCUGAAGCAGUUUCUCACAAGAAUCUUGGAAAGAUGUAUAUAUGGUGGAUGCCGUGGUUUUAAGUAAUCAAUUGAUUGGAAAAAAAUUCAGACAGGAUGCAGGGGGUGAAUGGGUGCCCGAUCGCAGCAUGCCACGAGCUGUGUUAUGAGAUGCGCAGGAAUUGGAAAGCGGAGCCAAAACCUUGAAAGUUAGGAAUUCGACCGCAUUAUGAUAGAGGCAGAGUGCAGAAUAAAGGUUUUGUUGGGCAAGGACGUUGCAAAAUGCAGGUUGACGCUCUUUUCUGCUUAGAAGAGGUAGCGUGUGGAAGGCAUGUUGGUUUUGCCAUGAAUAGAAUUGAAACUCGAAAGAACACGUCUUCCUUCCUUGUAUUCGUUUGUAUAGAGCCGCGCACCUUGUAUUCGUUUUGGCUUCUGCCUUUAAGCCUCAAGGCAUAUUGCAGGUCGCGUUUCCUCUUCCCCCACGUUUCUAUGACAUAGGACACGAGGCUUUCCUCCACUUCCCGAGUAUUGGCUGCUGGGCGGGACUGGAAGACACGUGACUUUUUAGCAGCAUUUGUUAACUAUUACAGUGAAGACAUAGAUGAUAAAUCAAUAGUAAUUACUUCCUGCCAAAA